CAAUAUUUGUAUAAAAUGACCGUCUAGAUUACAAUCGUGACCGGUCAGCAUGUUAAGGCAUGUAAGCAGUUCCUUAUCUAGAUUGCUUCACGUAUGACUUUAGAUUUCUUCGGACAUUUGUAGAGGAUUAGCUGAACAUUUCAGAAAGGGACCCAUAAUGCCGCUGUUGCAGAAACUGAUCGUGCUGUGUGUGGCUAUUCUAGGGCAAUCUUCUAGCUUACCUACAGAUCAAUUCGCGACGAAUACAACCAAAGCAGCAAAAUACGACUCUCCAAUAUCUUCAUACGCUUUUCUACCGAAAGUUUUACGUAUAUGUGCGUUCAAUAUUAAAACCUUUGGUCGUGCUAAAAUGAGCGAUCCAUUUAAAGCUGGAAUCAUUCGAGAUAUUGUGAAACGCUACGAUGUUAUUUUGAUUCAAGAAAUUCGCGACUCCAGUGGAGAGGCUAUACAGCAGCUAUGGGACAUGGUUGGAAGAUCACAAUACAGUCUUGUGUACAGCGAAAGACUUGGACGAAGUUCGUAUAAAGAACAAUACGCCUACUUCUAUAAACUGUCAACAGUUCAGGUUGUCGACGUGCACCAGUAUGAUGAUGGCCUGGAUGACUACAGUGACCCGUUCGAAAGAGAACCAUUCUCAGUGAGACUAAAACCAGUUGGAGGUAAGCAGCAUUAUGGUUCCCUACAAACGUUUCCGAAGUUCGCAGGGGACCAGUCUAUCUAGGUUUGUUAAGCAACG